GCAAGGCUGCUGUUGAAAAAUGAUACGACCGCAAAUAUAAUUGUCUUUUUGAAGCGUUCGGGUUCCGUAUUAAAGUCCUGUUUCUAACCCAAGGUGAUCAUUAACGUUGCUUGUACACUCCUGCUAUUCAAGCAUGAUGUUGUUAUCCAUAGUUAUACUUUAUGAAGUAUCGCUGGUAAUGGUGGUUACCGCUUCAGUGUGGGAUGGUCCUGCGACAGCAUGGGAUGAAGUAGCCUGUGAUACACAUUUCGAGCCUAAAAACUGUGAUCUUGAAAAAUUGCAUCCAUUAACUGUAGAUGAUAUGGACAGAUGUGCACCGGCGCUUCUUGAUCUUCCUAUCAGAAACUUUUAUCUAGGAGCAUCAGGGCGACGAAUCACGUAUCAGGAAAAUAUGAAAGCUUUUAGGAGGAUAAGAAUCAUACCCAGGAUGCUGCAAGGUUUAACAAGCAUUGACAUGAAGACAACUGUCCUUGGUCAAGAGGUGGAUUUUCCUAUAGCCCUUUCUCCUGUUGCCCUCCAGACACUUGCGGAUCCAGAAGGUGAAAUGGCUACUGCGACAGCUGUUGAAGACAUGAAGACAAUUAUGAUUCUCAGUAGCUUCUCUUCCACUCUCAUCGAAGAUCUUGCACCGAUUAUCCAAAAUUCAACUUCUCAUUAUUGGAUGCAGCUUUAUAUAUUUGAAGAUCGUACUUUAACUACUGACAUUAUGCGAAAAGCAGAGGAAGCUGGAUUUAAAGCUUUCGUCUUGACAGCAGAUGCUCCAACUCAUGCUAGUCUCACCUGCAGUGGUAGAAAAUCUGUGGUUGAUAUUGAAGGAGUUCGUUUAGUAAACAUGCCUGAUGGAAAGGUACCUAGUGUAAAUUCUUCUCUGAGCUAUGAUGAUAUCACAUGGUUAACAGAACAAACGGAAUUGCCAAUUGUUGUAAAGGGCAUACUUAAAGGUGAAGAUGCGACUAAAGCUAUUUUAGCAGGAGCUUCGGCUAUUUUAGUUUCAAAUCAUGGCGGAAGGCAGGUGGAUGGAGACCCUGCAACCAUUGAUGUUCUACCUGGCGUUGUCGAAGCAGUGAAUAAACUUGAUCCUAGUAAAGAAGUUUAUAUCGAUGGUGGAAUUCGUAGUGGCUCCGAUGUUUUUAAAGCUUUGGCUAGAGGAGCAAAAGUUGCCUUCGUCGGAAGACCAGUCAUAUGGGGCCUUACUAUUGGAGGUUCUAAAGGAGUAAAGAAAAUGUUGACUAUCUUAAAAUCUGAGUUACGAGAAAUGAUGUUCAUGUCAGGAGUUCCCACUUUAAGUGAUCUCACCGAAGACCUCAUCGCAACAUUCGACUCAGUCGUUCAUUAUCAGAAAACAAAUAGCUUGUCCGAGAAGGAUGAAGAGGAAGACUGAAAUUUGAGAAUUUAAAAGAUACUGAUUUCCACUCAAAAAUGUGUGAUUAAAAUAUACUUCACUGUAAAUUUUAUUAUAUUUAUUAAAGUAUUCAUGUUUUUAUGAGGA